GACGAUCGUCGGAAGUGCGUAUAUGUUCUGGCGAGUUUUUCCCUCGAGGCCAAAAAACGAGCGUUUCUGCGACAGCUUUCGUUUAGCCGACCAUAUCGUAGCGGCGCGGUUUCGCAUCUCAGUGCUUCGAGAAGCCUGCCAGUGAGCUUGCCAGUUAAGUCGGACAGUGUUGGCUCGGCCCGCCGGCAAUGCGGAAGCCACUGCGUUCCUCCGCCGGUCCGUGGACCGCGGGCGGCAGGUGCUUCGGGCAACGGCCCUUUGGCGGCACCUGGAGUGCCAAACAGCUGGAGCCGACCACGCGUGGUCCACUCAAUGGCCACCCCUCGCCCCCUUCAUUCAGGCGCGGAGAGGAGGUGACGUCCGCCGCAAGGAGGUUAAGACGCAAGGAGAAAGUGGGAGGGCCUCGUAAGUCAGGUAAUCACUGACGUCACGGGACCUUGGAAGCACAUGCAGUUUCCCGCCGGCGCGAAGGGGCGAAGACGCUUACCUACAGACGCGUCGCGGGCAACUUGCGGUGCGGACGUGCUCCGAGUGUUGCCGUCCGGCCGAUGCGCGCACACCUUGGCCGCUCUUCGCGCUGCUGCUGGAUACACUGCUCUCACAUGUUGGACUCGCGUGCUGCGCCUUGUGGGCCGCCUGCAAGCCAAGACGCUGGCCGCGCGCUAGACCGGAUUAGUCUGUGCGCCGUAGUCGCUCGGACCGGGUCGCCGCUGCUGUACGGAUGACUCUGGGAAUGAUGAACCAGCUGUGCAAGGUGUGCGGAGAGCCCGCCGCUGGAUACCACUUCGGCGCCUUCACCUGCGAAGGGUGCAAGUCCUUCUUCGGCCGGACGUACAACAACCUUGCAGCUCUUGGUGACUGCAAAAACAGCGGCCAGUGCGUUAUCAACAAGAAAAACAGGACCUCUUGCAAGAGUUGUAGACUCAAGAAAUGUCUCCUGGUCGGCAUGUCCAAAAGUGGGUCCCGAUACGGACGCCGCUCCAACUGGUUCAAGAUCCACUGUCUGAUCCAGGACCAGGCGGAGAUGACCUCCCGCAUCGCCGAGCAGCACCACCAGAUGGGCGCGUCGGCGCACCAGCUGACUGCCCUGUACGACAAGGACGUGUUGGGCUUCGGUGCCAAGGCCGAAGAAGGCACCAGCUCGCCGCUCUCGUCGUCGGACAAGCCGCCGUCGUCACCAGCGUCGUAUCCUCCGCCAUCGUCGUCUGCCAGCACGUUCGCGUCCACGCCGUCGGCUUUUGAAACCAAGUCGUCGAACGGCGAGAGUCCGACGAACGCGGAUGCGUUGGCCUACCACCCCAUGUCGCCCGUGUCGCCCAUCUCGCCGCUGCACCCGAGCAAGUUCUUCUUCCACCCUGGCGCUGGCGUGUUCUUCGGCAAGCCGUCCGCGUCGCACAACGGCCUGUCCAAGUACCUCGCCGAAGGUGGUGGCGCCGUCGCGUAUCCGUACUCGCCGCGCUUCAUGCCGUUCGGGCCCCUGAAGCCGUACCGAGACCUACUUCACCCGUCUACGUUGCUCGUGAACGGCGAGUGCCUGGCCGACCUGCCCGAGCAGGAGAAGCCUAUCGACCUCUCGGUACGCAAGCCCUGCUCCCCGAGCGCCUCGCCUGCCGACGGUCACGCCGAGGAGCUUGAUACCCAGGACAGUGACGUCAAGCCCGCGCUGCAGGCGCCUUGCUCCUCUGGCGCCGAGAUCCCACUCGACUUGCGGAGUGCUAAGAAGUGAUGCCCCCAGCCCCUUUCGCCAGCCGUCCACGUGUUCAUAGGGACUCGCCGCCGGAACAAAGGUCGCAGUGUGUGUGCGUGUUUGUGUGUGUGUCAGAGCUGUAAUACUGUGUAAUAUAUGCCUCCUCCCCCCCGCAGAACGACGCUUAUGGACCACAGAGAUAGAACUAUGUCGACGACAGGGAAACUUGUGUGAGCCUGCUCUUUGUAAUAGUCCUUCGUCUUCGAAGGGACCGCUGUGGCCCCGUAAAGUCUGUCUUUUACUGUGUUUUUUUUUCCCUCUCCCAAUUCACUAAGGGCAUUGCAGAAGACUUGGUAGCCAAGCGUCUCGUUGCGAUCUGUCGGUCUUCUAACUCGUUCCUCCUGGUCUUCGCGUAUCCUGUUUCCAAUGUUCCUAUUAUCUUUGCCCUUCUCAGACGUGGACCACCGACCAUUCCACAUCGCCACCAAAACUCGUGCCUUUUUGUGAGACAUUCCGUCGCCUCGACGCUCUUUUCUCCUGCGCCUCCUACUCGAGGUAUAGCGCCACGGGAGUGUCCUUUGGCGGGACGCCAUUGGCUGGGCGACUCGUCCGGUCCGAGCCGCCACCAGUAUUACGUCCUCGUGCCACCAGUGCCUGCUCCGUAGAGCUACACCGCUUGUCCGCGAGUUUCGUCCGUCGACGUUGCGAACGGGCCUACAAACUGCCAGGGUCGUCGCUGUCACCGGCGCGCUCCCUGUACAUUUUGUUCACCACACGCAGCUUGCCCUCACAAAUUGCUGUCUGUGUGCCAGGAAGACAAUCGCUGCUCACUGGUGGCCUGAAUCAUUGUACAAAAUUCACAAACUGCAUCCAUUUCAAGAGAGGCCUUCAUACGCAUGUUUCGAAAUGUCGUUGUUUUUUAAGCGUUUAAUGUUUCUUCUAUUCCCACUGUGAUAAAACCUUCGAACCAGGCGGUUCACUACGAGCCUUGAUAUACAUAUAUAUAUAUUAUAUAUAUAUAGAUAUGAGUAUAUAUAUAUGUGUGUCGGCGUGUUUGUGUGUUUUUAUGUGUGUGUGUGUUUGUAAUUUCGCGUGUACACGCGCAUCGGGGCUGUGGGCAUUCUAGUACAAACCAUUCCAAGUGGCUUUUA